UGUACAGAGAAUUUUUCAACUAUUGAAAUCUGUUGAGACUACAAACAAACGUCAUCGACGCGUAACACAUGGUUACGUACGCUACGUUGACCAUGAAGAACAAUAUGAAAAACAAUAAUGUUAAAGGUAAGAAUCGAGCAGUGAAGAAAGAUGAAGAAAACAAGCAUCAUGAAAAAAAGUUCGACAAGAAGAAAUAUAGGUUACAAAAGUACAGCAAUAAAUAUAAAAUCAAACAAUGGGAAGAAAGGCGAAAGAAAGCUGUGUUACGUGGAUUCUACAAGGAACUUGAGAAAGACCAGCAAAAUUCUACACAGACGCUGUUAAAUUCGAGCAGUACAUCCAAGAAUGUGAACGAAACAACAGACAAAUUCAAGAAGAAGGGCUAUGCCUUUUUCAAGGCUAAGCAGGAAUACCGGCGCAAGCAGGAAGAAAAGAAAAAGAGGAUAGAAGAUGCUGCUCGCAUGAAAGCAGAACGAGAAGAAGCUAUGAAAAACUAUCGAGAGAAAAAAAUGCGUAAUUUCAAGAUAUUGUCGAAAAGAACGAAGAAAGGACAGCCUGUUAUGAAAGGCAGAAUAGAAAUGUUACUGGAAAAGAUACAGCAAAGUGUAACGUGAUCUGCAAUCACACAUCUUCUGGUUAAAUUAAUUUAAUUGUAACAAGGAACAAGAUUACAUCGUGCAUUGUAACAUAAUGAAAUAUUUUCUAGAGAAAGACUAGAAUAUUUUCGCUUUUGUACAUGGAUGUAUAUUUUAAAUUACGUGUGUCGUAUAAGAAUAUAUUCCACUUUUUUUAACAAUUUUUCUUCAAGCCUCGUUAAAUUUUGGAGAUUUCUUUCAAUUCCGUUAUAUUAUCAUUUUUCAUGUAACUCUCACUUGCGAAUUCAAAUAUGAAAGAUAGCUUCGCAUAGCUAUUAAAUUAUAGUAAAAUGGAAUAAUGGAAAUUGUUGAAAUAAAAUAAAUAGAAUCAA